GUCUGUAUCUUCAGCCUCAGCGGUUUUAGUGAGUUGGCAGUUUUGGGUUUUUGUUGUCCUUUUAUUUUAAAAGUCUUUUAAGGAUUAAGUUUUUUUUUUUGGUUACUCUUUUAAAAAUGGGUCCUAAAAAGGCGGCUGUAGAAAUGAGCACUUCUCCCAGCACAGGUGCUGAGAAAGAGGUGAAGGAAGAUCAGACACCAGAUGGUCCUGAGGAGGUGAGCAAGGCCGUGAGGAAGGUGCCUCCUCAUCCGUCCACGAUGGAGAUGGUGAAGGAGGCGCUGACGGCGCUGGACCAGCGCAAGGGCGUGUCCGCUCAGGCCAUCCGCACUUUCAUCAAGGAGAAACACAAGACGGUGGACGAGACGAGGCUGAAGACGAUGGUGCGCAAAGCUCUUGUUAAAGGGAUCGAAUCUGGAGCUCUUGUGAGACCUGCGAACUCGACGACGACGACGACUGGAGCUCAGGGUCGCUUCAGACUUGCUGUUAGGAAGCCGAAACCAGCGACCAGCAGAGAAGUUAAAGAGAACAAGAACCCCAACGUUGGCAAGGCCAAAGAACCUAAAGCCAGGACGGGGGAAGUGAAGACAAAGAAAACAAAGUCUGCUGCUGUGGAGGGAGACAAACCCAAGAAAACCAAGAAGAACGAUGCCUUGGCUUCCAAAGUGGCACCUGCAAAGAAACCCAAAGCCAAGCAAGCUUCUGGAGCAGCAGGUGAAGGAGAGCCAGAAGCCAAAACCCAAAAAACCUCCAAAGCUUCAAAGGGUGAGAACGGCGAGAAAUCCGGUGCCAAGAAAGGAGGAAGGAGAGCGGCUCAGAAAGCUGAGGAAGGCUCUGACAACGCAGCGGAAGUAAACCUGAUGAAGAAAGAGGCCCAGAAAUCUGAGGGGGGUCCAAACCAGGCUGAAGUGACUGCACAGAAACGAGGAGGAAAGAAAGCGGCUGAUGGAGAGCAGAACAGCUCCAGAUCCUCGAGGAAGAACCGCAAGAAUGCAGCAGAGAGAUAACUAACAUUCACUUGAUCAGUCUUUUUACGUGUGUCUAAUAAAGCCUUUUGUACUUGA